AUGGCUCCCGUCGCCCUGCCGAGCAGUCAGGCUCUGCGUUCGCAAAUUCCGGGCUAUGGCUGUCCAGCUGACAUUCAACGUUAUUGCGAGCGCUCGCAGCGCCUGCGCAUUGCAACUGACGAAGACCAUCAGUUCUUGUUCGAUUCGUCCCCGGUCUUGCUAAACUCGCCCAACACUGGCUGGCAGAAGCAGACUUGGCAGCUGAAAGCCGAGGUGUUUCCGAUGAGGCCAAAGCGGUCCAGAGCCUGCUUUGCGCGCGAAGAGCCGCUCCGAUCGCCCUCGUCCCUGCCCCGUCCCACUGUAUCUCGAUCAGUGCUGCCGCUCAACUUUCUGGGCCAUACUGGCCUGUUGACACGCCCCUGCCGCCCGAUCUCGCCUCCUCUCCUCGCCGGACUAGAGUCGCAAACAAUGUCGAACGACCCCGCCUUGGCGUCUAUGGGUGCCCUGGAUUCCAUCUCGUCUCGUCCGCUGGCGAGUCGGUCGAUCGGAUUGCCAGAUCUUGCAUUCGAAAUGCAAGAAGCGAGAGCCUCCGCAAGCCACGACACGGGAGACACGGAAGCAGCGCCGACUUUGUCGAUCCAGCCAUUCCCACUGGCUAUUGUGCUCGACGCUGCAGCUUUGGAGGAUGUGGAUGCCGUGGGCGGCUGUCAAGAUUGA